AUGGUUCUCAACGUUUUCCGCGUUGCUGCGGAUUUCUCGCAUCUGGCCAGUAUCCUGAUCUUGCUGCACAAGAUGGUGCAGCUUAAUAGCUGUUCAGGCAUUUCCUUCAAAUCACAAGCCCUUUACUUAUUCGUCUACGUGACGCGAUACCUCGACAUCUUCUCGACGGACAGCUUAUAUAAUCUUUUCUUCAAGAUAACAUUCAUAGGGUCUCAAGGCUACAUCAUCUACCUGAUGACCAAUGCCUACAAGCCCACAAACGACCCCAACGUCGACACCUUUCGCGUGCAGUAUCUCCUAGCCGGUGCCGCCGUUCUGGCCGUCGUCUUCCCGUACAAGUACACCUUUUCCGAGAUCAUGUGGGCCUUCUCGAUUUGGCUCGAGUCGGUCGCCAUUCUGCCCCAGCUCUUCAUGCUCCAGAGAACAGGCGAAGCUGAAACCAUCACGACGCAUUACCUGUUCGCCCUGGGAAGCUACAGGGCUCUGUACAUUCCAAACUGGAUCUAUCGAUAUUUCAUGGACACCAAGUACAAGACCGACUGGAUCGCCAUCAUUGCUGGAAUCAUCCAGACCGUCCUCUACAGCGAUUUCUUCUAUGUCUACUACACCAAAGUUCUCAAGGGCAAAAAGUUCAAGCUCCCUGUCUAA